AUGAACCCAGUGUCACCGCCGCCAUUGACAUGGUUCUUGCUGAAAAUAAGUGGCGCUGGUCGGCGUCAGGUGACCAUGCCAGUGGAGAAACACAGAGAUCAAGUUCGUCGUUUUCCGGAUAUGUCGGCAGUUAUUGAGAAUAUUAAGAAUCGAUUCAAGAAGAUGGCGGUCAUUGACAAACAUGGCGGUUACUGUCGAAGGACCUUCCAAGCCUGUGACCGAAACCCAGAGAUUGUUUUCAAGUCAGACAACGCCGCCGCUGCCAUCACCACCAUCACUCUGCCGCCGCCUAUCGAUCCGAUCUCAUGCAACAGUGUGUUUUUUAUCUAA